AAACAGAUCGUAUAAAUUCCGGGCCCACCGUCCAGCACGGCAUAGUCAGCGCAAUGACACUCAGCUCGACGGUAGUUUUUCUCCUCGCCGGACUCUUUCUGAUCGGUCUGGUGCAGCGGGGAGCGGGCGCGCGCCUCCAGCAGCAGCAGAGCGCGGCUUCCUAUCCAGCAGCCGGCUUUAAGCCAGGUAGACAGUUUGACCUGCCGGCGGGCAACUCGAAACCCGCGCGAUUGGUGGCCAACAGCGAGGCGCAGGAGGAUCUCGACGACGCCGUGGAGGAGGUGGAGAUGACACAGCCCAGGGCACCGCCUGUUCCACGUCCAGUUCUCGAUCCAGUGCCGAAGAUCCCGGUGAUUCCAACCAUUGCAUACUAUCCGGCAGGAGCUGUGGGAUUCGUCCGCCCAGCGGAAUUUGCAAAAAUCAUCAGUGGCCCCCAACAGUCUGCCGGCUUUGCAGCCACGAACCAGUACUAUGCCGCCUACUUUGGUUAGAGAUACACAGAAAAAAAGACAUUUGACAUAAGAAAUAUGUAAAGCACUAUAUGUAAACCGUUAGCACAUUUUAUCCGUUGUUUGCUAUAAAUACUGUUAAGCUUGUUAAGUUAAGUUAGUGCCAGUAUAUCCAAGAAAGGUUUCACCACUGCAAUCUUAAAAAAGAAAAAAUUUAAAUAUUUUUAAAAUUAUUGUAUACAUAUAUCACUUGUCUGUAGCAUCUCUAGUUUAAAGGUUUAGCUAUUUUAUAUUCAGCGAUUUCCCGCUAAAAAGGCAAGUUUUUCAAAAAUUUGUAGUAUGUCACAUUCACCGUCCUUUCUCCU